AUGCCCACACUCCCCGCGGUCGUCGUCCCCAUUCUCGCACCCGCACUCGUGACCACCCAUCACCUUCCCGCAGCCACAAAAGUAACCGACUUUCUUAGUGGUCUUGCUCGUGGUCGUGCUGUCCGUCGGAACAGCAGUCCACCAGCGAAGAUGGUUGGCCCAUCUGGCCAGUCACCGUAUCAUCUUCGGCUAAGCAUAUCACCAAAGCUUAUCGUUGGCGAGCGAGGCCGCAGCAGCAGCAGAAACCUCAGCAACAGUCGACAACGGGGGCGAGCACGAGCGGAGGAAUUGGACGGUGCUGGUCAAAGCCCAGAACAUCCUGGCUUAGGGCUUGGGCGAAGCGGUCUUGUCGGCAGGGCUCGAAAAGGCGCUGUCGACGAGUGGUUUGGAAUUCGCGGAAAUGGGACUGGACGAUAA